AUUGCUAUUGCAAGUCCACUUCUUAUAAGACUCAGACGAAACCACUGAUAAACCCCACCUUUUGUUUCUCUUUCUCCAAUUCUGAAAUAGGAACAAAUCAAUUCUAAGUUCACUUGUUUUGGGUGUUUCCAACUCUGAGACCAUGGAUACUCAGCAUGGUUCCCCUUUUAGCUGGGCUUAUUUUUGUCAAGCUAAGACAAUGGAAGAGCUUAAGCAUUCACUUUUAUGUACUACUAUGGAGCUUGAACAAACAAAGAUCCUAGUUCAAGAGGAGCUUCGAAAGAGAGAUGAUCAAGUACUUGAACUCAAGGAGUUGCUGAGCAAGGCUAUGAAAGAGAGAGAUGAAGCCAAGGAGAAAUACCAAAGGCUUUUCCUUGAGAAACUAGGGCAUCAUCACCACCAACACCAACAGGUUUCCAGCAUUGAAGAUGAACCCAGAAGAGGGAUUGAUUCAAACAAUGGCUUCUCAUCAUCUGAUUGUGAGGAAAGUAUUGUUUCAUCCCCUGUUGUUGACCCAAUUCAACAAGGACCACAAGCAACCAUAGAGCUGGUGCCUGAUAGGCCAUUGCCUGAAAAGGGAAAGCUUUUGCAGGCAGUGAUGAAAGCUGGUCCACUCUUGCAAACCCUUCUUUUAGCUGGACCGUUGCCUCAAUGGAGACACCCACCACCACCACUUGAUUCCUUUGACAUCCCACCUGUGACCAUCCCUUCACCACCACCACCACCACAUCGGCUCCACCAAGACUCCUUCACCACCCUAAACGCCUGUGGUAAAGUUAACAGAAAAAGGAUUCUAUUGGAAGGCUCUGAUUCUCCUACAGAGACCAAGUACCAAAGAAUAGUUCUCCAUUGACUGCAAACAAAAGAGUAGUCUACAUAAUACUAGUUUAUGGUGACUGAUGAAGUAUUUUUGUACAAAGGAUUGCUUUGGAGAAACAACUAUCCAUUUUCCUAAUUACCCUUUGGAGAGCUUUCAUUUCCUCGGCUUUUUGCCAAUGUUUCCCGGUGAAGAUAUUUGUCCUUUUCUUACCCCCCAAAAAAAAAAAAACCCAUUUUUUCUUCACAAUUUUUUUUUUUUUUUUUUGCUCCAUUGAUGUGAAAGGGAGCUGUGAUUUCUCCAAAACUGCUGUGGAAAAGUAAAAAAUUACUAGUAGUAUGAUAACAUUUAGCUACCCUACUCUUUUACUGAGGUUUGUGAUUAGUAUGUGAAAAUUGUGGACGAAAUGGUUAAGAGUUUAAUGCUUCUUAUGUAUGGAUUCAAGUCUCGUGGAUGAAGAAAAUAAGGUAUGAGAGUCUUAUUCUUCAUCUAAAGAAAUAAUUUAACCGGAAUCUAACGUGACUAUUGAACACCGAAAACGAAACAAAAAAGAUGCUAAAAGGGCAGAAAUAUUGGGUGUGGAGUGGUUGAAAUGGGAAGAUGGGCAUGGCCAACAACCAAGAAGGAUCUAAGAGGGAUUGUUUGAUCGCUUGUCGAUUAGUGGCUCCCGCAAAUCGGAAUCAGGAUCCGCUAAUGGCCUCACCUAUGAUUGUUGUUGUUGUUGAGUAUGAUUAUUUUAUAUGUAGGUGUAUGUUUCUCCAAAUGAUGCUCUCCUUUCAUUAAUACUAAUAUUAUUGUAUUAAUAA